GAUUUCGGAAUUAUUCGAUGUUAUUGUUGACUUUCCUGAAUCAAAAUCCGCAAUUAAUGAUUUAAUUAUUUGUAUGAGACGAUUAGAUACAGAUUACAGACAUCGUCUUGUUCAAUCCUUAUAUUCGGCGAAAAGAUUACUUAUUCCUGGUGCUGGCACAAAUGACAUAAUCAAUACUUAUAUAUCAACCGUUAAAUGUUUGAGAUUACUGGAUCCUUCUG